UUAGUUACUUGGAAUGUGGGCACAGCUUCUCCGCCUCCUGAUGUCACGAGUUUACUUCAGCUCAAUUCACUGGGCCCAACUAUGGAUAUGUAUGUUAUAGGCUUACAGGAGGUGAACUCAAGAAUCACAAAUUUUCUGUCUGACUUAGCAUUUGAUGAUCCAUGGAGCAUCUUUUUCAUGACUGUGUUGUCUCCAUUGGGAUAUAUCAAGCUCUCCUCUGUUCGCAUGCAGGGAUUACUACUUCUGAUCUUUGUGAAGCACGUCCACCUUCCUUUCAUACGGGACGUUCACACCCACUACACACGCACAGGCCUGUAUGGAUACUGGGGGAACAAAGGAGGAGUCACCAUUCGCAUGUCCCUCUAUGGUCAUACAAUUUGUUUCAUGAACUGCCACUUGCCAGCUCACAUGGAGAACACAGAGCAGCGAUUGGAUGACUUUGAGAAAAUUCUGGAAAUGCAGUUUGAAGGAGAGAAUAUUCCAAAUGCCUUGGAUCAUGAUGUUCUUUUCUGGUUUGGAGAUCUAAACUUCCGGAUAGCAGAUUAUGGCAUACAUUUUGUCCGAGAAUCAAUAAAUAACAAGCGUUACAAUCUGCUGUGGGAAAAGGACCAGUUAAAUAUGGCAAAAAAGAAGGAAACAUUUCUUCAGGAAUUCAUAGAGGGUCCUCUACAGUUUAAACCCACCUACAAGUUUGACCUUUAUUCGGAUGUAUAUGAUACAAGUGAGAAGAAAAGAAAGCCAGCAUGGACUGAUAGAAUUCUUUGGAGAGUGAAAAGUCUCUGCCAGCAUGCAUCAAAAGAAGAUGAAUUCUCUGAAGAAGAACAGACAAUUUCUGUUACUUUGAAUAACUAUAUCAGUCACAUGAGCUAUGGCAUCAGCGAUCACAAACCUGUUACAGGAACUUUUGGGCUUGAGUUGAAGCCUCUUCUAUCAGAUCCUUUGGUCACACUGCAUCCUGAGGGUGAGUGGAGCGCGGAACAUGAUGUUCUAAUCAGCUAUUCUGCAGUGCCUGAAUUCCCAAGCAGUGCUUGGGACUGGAUUGGACUCUUCAAGGUGGCUUUCAGGCAUGUGAAUGACUAUGUUACUUAUGCUUGGGUAGAAGAUGAUGAAAUUUCUUCUAACAAAGACAGUAAACAAGUUUACAUGAGUGCUGCAGAAAUACCUGAUAUGGGAGGAGAAUUUUUGCUUUGCUAUUAUAGCAAUAAUUUGCAGUCAAUAGUUGGUCUCAGCCAGCCUUUUCAGAUUCAGCCUAACAGAACAUUAAUAGAAAAGGAUCUGACAGAGGAAGAGAACAGUUGGAUGCAGAAACCUGACAAUCUGGAAUCGCAUGAUGAGUUCUGA